AUGUAUUUCCGAAAAUCCAACUGCUCUAUCCUGAAGAAUCUUUCUGUUUUCGCAAAUAGUGAUUAUAUAUUUUGGCUGGCUAUCUAUCUAUCUAUCUAUCUAUCUAUCUAUCUAUCUAUCUAUCUUUCUUUCUAUCUAUCUAUCUCAGUCUAUUUACUGCCUUCUUUCUUUGUAUCUGUCUACGUCUUUCUCUCUAUCUUAAACUGUUCACGUCUAUCUAUCUAUCUAUCUAUCUAUCUAUCUAUCUAUCUAUCUAUCUAUCUAUCUAUCUCAGUCUAUUUCCUACCUUCUUUCUUUCUAUCUAUACACAUCUUUCUCUCUAUCUUAAACUGUUCACAUCUAUCUAUCUAUCUGUCUAUCAAACUCAACGUGUUCAAAUCUAUCUAUCUAUCUAUCUAUCUAUCUAUCUAUCUAUUUAUCCCCCACGCUUUCUGUCGAUACGUAAUAAUUAUCGGGUUCUGCGUCACAUUGCGAGUGCAGAAGAUUGUAAAUGGUGUGUAA